AUGCAGCUUUUGCAUGCGUAUGGCAAUGAAGAAGUCCCCUCCGCUACGGUUGCGCAAGAAGCCGAAGAUGGAGAGGCAUUUGAAGAGUACAAAAACCUCCUUGAAAUCAAAUACCCACUGUGCAAGUUGUGUAGAGGUGUUGUGCGGCGAAAGCUAGAUGCCCAGGCGGCCCUUGCACGGGCAAACUAUCUUGCUGCGCAGGCUGUUCGUGGCAAAGUCUCCGUUUUGGCCUUUAAUCGCCGGAUCAGUGCAAGAAGGCGGCUGCUAUUUUACUCGCUGCUUCUUGUUGUUUCUCUAGCGACGAAGGUUUAUAAUUAUAACAUCGUGUCCGCAUUUGCCUGCUUUGUGUUUUUGUGCAUUUAUCCAGCGUCCUCGAUUGCAUACAAAACGAUCUCGUUUUUGAUUUUUGCUCUGCGCACUGUUCUGCUUUUCUUGAUUGAGGAUGUUGGGCAUUCUUUUCACCAGGUCAAGUACUUUUCUUUGCCCUUCAACCCGAUCAUCGUUGAUUGCGUGGUCCACAUUUGCUUUAUUAAUCCAGACAUGCUGGAAAAGCUUUUUACGGCGCUCAAGCCAAUUUCGUGUCCCCGGCGCAUCGAUCGAAAGGAGAAAAAGCAGCUUCAAUUGUAUCAUGACAUCAUCACCAAGGAAAGCACCGGCCACAAUAAGGAAAACUUGGCGCAGAGAUUUUCGCCAAGGCCUUCAAUAUUAUCUAUCCCCGGCACAGGGAUCGAAGAAUCGCUUGCACUUUGCUCUUUACAGGAAAAUUCGGCCUCUUUAACAGCAAAAACAGGGAUGCCCACACUUAACACGCUGUUUCCAUUUUUGACGUUUGCGGUUUCUUUCUUAUGUUACCUGUUGAUAUGCUGGAAACUUUUGCACGGAAAUAUUGAAUUCCUGUGCUACCACGCUAUUGGGCUCCUUAUUUAUGCGGAAACAGUGCAAGCCCUUUUUAGGCGCAAUCUCUUUUUUUCCCUUAGACUUUUUGUCCUUGCAUGCUUUUCCUUGAUGAUGUAUCAUAUGCUUCUUGUUAAUUGGCAUUCAACAGAGAGAGUAGGUUCUGUCUUUUGCUCGUUCUACUCGAUCACGUCGGUGUUUCUAAUGAUGUAG